CGAUACUAUUAUAUAAAAAUAAAUAAAGUUGGUUAGUAUAUAAAAGAGAAGAGUAUUAAUUCCAAAAUAUAUUUUUUUUCCCCUUUCACUGCUUUAAGUAAUUUUCACCAUCAAUAAUUUCGUCGUAUAAAAUAAAAUACAACAGCUAGGGAUGGGAUCCGCAGUGGAGACUCUAUGCGGACAGGCGUACGGGGCGCACAAGUACGAGAUGCUCGGAAUAUACCUCCAACGGUCAACGGUCCUCCUAACCGCCACCGGGAUUCCACUCGCCGUCGUCUACGCCUUUUCCCGCCCGAUCCUAGUCCUCCUCGGCGAGUCCCCCGAGAUCGCCGAGGCCGCAUCAAUUUUCGUAUACGGACUCAUCCCCCAGAUAUUCGCGUACGCCACGAACUUCCCCAUACAAAAGUUUCUGCAGGCGCAGAGCAUCGUGGCGCCGAGCGCGUACAUUAGCGCGGCCACGCUUAUCGUGCACCUGCUGCUGAGCUGGGUGGUGGUGUACAAGGUGGGCUUGGGCCUCUUGGGGGCCUCGCUGGUGCUGAGCCUGAGCUUCUGGAUCAUAGUGGGGGCCCAGUUCGUCUACAUCGCGGCGAGCCCGCGGUGCCGGCUCACGUGGACCGGGUUCUCGUGGCAGGCGUUCGCCGGGCUCGGCGAGUUCUUCAAGCUGUCGGCGGCGUCGGCAGUGAUGCUCUGCCUCGAGGCCUGGUACUUCCAGGUGCUCGUGCUUAUUGCCGGGCUUCUCGAGAACCCGGAGCUGGCGCUCGAUUCGCUCUCCGUGUGCAUGACGUUAUCCGGUUGGGUGUUCAUGAUCUCGGUCGGGUUUAAUGCUGCUGCAAGUGUGAGAGUGAGCAACGAACUUGGCGCCGGAAACCCUAAAUCCGCGGCAUUCUCAGUGUUGGUGGUGACGGUGCUAUCGUCUAUAAUAUCGGUGAUACUAGCAAUUGUGAUCCUCUGCCUCCGCGACUACAUAAGCUAUAUAUUCACCGAGGGCGAGACGGUGGCCCGCGCCGUCUCCGACCUUUGCCCGUUGCUCGCAGUCACCCUCAUCCUCAACGGAAUCCAACCCGUCUUAUCUGGUGUGGCUGUUGGGUGUGGAUGGCAACAAUUUGUAGCAUAUGUUAAUGUUGGAUGCUAUUACAUUUUUGGGGUGCCCCUUGGAGUUCUCCUGGGUUUCAAAUUUAACUUGGGUGCAAAGGGAAUAUGGGGAGGAAUGAUAGGAGGUACAUUCAUGCAAACCCUUAUCCUGCUGUGGGUCACGUUCCGAACUGAUUGGAACAAAGAGGUGCAAGAAGCCAUGAAAAGAUUGGACAAGUGGGAGGACAAAAAACAACCGCUUCUAUCAAAUGAUAAGAACUAAUAUAAUCUAUUAAUCGAUCAAUGUGAGCUCUUUGAUUUGGCAUUUACCAUCGAAAUAUCGUCGGAAACGAAGAUUAUAAUUACAUGAUGUGGUAUUUGAGGGACAUUAAUUACCACAUCCACAUUGGAUGGAAAUGGAUCGAUGCAUAAUUUCUUUAAUGGAAGGGGAGUAUAUGUUAGGACUUGGUUAGAUUUGUAAUUGAACCCUAUUUUGAUAAUAAUUAAUAUUUAAAUCUGUUGAAGAUAAAUUAAAAUUUAAAUAUU